AGAUGGCACAAAUCUUGGUCAAUCAGCUGCAACUGCGUCAUCGCUUGUUCCUUCAACGUCAACGCGCCAAGCAAAAUUCGAUGGCAACUCCAUUGGACCUUUUAUAUUUCUUUUUUACCUCUCAUCUUCUGAAAUAAAAGACUUGUUGUUUAGCAUGGUUUCAUUCUAUAUCACUAGGACCUCCCUGAAGGCGUCUCUCCAUUUCAUACCUACCUACUUUCGUUUGCAUCCAUUCUAGGAUAAUUCAUCAUUAUCAAUUCCUGCGUGCUUCUCAUCUUCCGAUAUACCUAUUUCUGGCCUCCGCGGACCCUACUCUUGUUUAUCAUCUAGCAUUUUGGCUAUCAAGUCUUGAUAUAAGGAUAGGGAUAUUCGCAGAGCCUGCCCGAUCGACCACGCCGAUCCGCCACCUUGUUUGCUAUCAUUUAUCAUCUGUUCCCAGUCUGACGUCGUGCGCCACUGGCUGCAGAAUCCAAGGUCCUGUAUCAGAAAGAGUCAGGACAAGAUUGUUAUCAUUCAAACCCGACUCCAAGGGACUCUAUCAGUCCUUAUGCUCACCGUGUUGUGUGUGAUUAGCUAGCGAAAAAGAAGGCUUCCAGUUUCCUUGGCCGACUUAAUCGGAUAAUGAACUACCUAGAUACUUUGCUACUAUACCACCAGCGUACACUCUUGGCUGUCUACCCCAUAUAGAAGGAUAAUUACAGUUAUUUAGCCACAGAUGACAGGCUGUGAGGAAACCCAGCAGUUCAAUACAAUGUUUAGGCGGUCCCGAAAGCACGAACGCCGACGAAGGUAUAUAAGGGCGAGGCUGUUGCUUACCACUACUCUCGUUCUAGCAUCACAGCCUCCACUAGCAAGAGCAGUUGUGUAUCCAAGCAACCAUAAGUUAUACGCCUUCGACUAUUUGGGCCCGAACAGGCAAUUCCAAGGCACAAGCCGUCCUUUAACCAAACAUGAAAAUGCAAUCCCCUUGAUCAUUACCAACAACUGUGGAGAAACAAUAUGGCCCGGAAUUGGAACUCAGCAUGGUGACCCGCCUGAUUCUCACGGAUUCGAACUCGGACCCGGCGAGUCGAGAAACCAAACAGUCGGUCCAACAUGGCAGGGUAGGGUAUGGGGCCGUACAAAUUGUACCACUAGUGGUGACACGGCGACGUGUAAGACUGGUGAUUGCUUUGGCAAACUAGACUGCGAGUACGGGGGUGCUGUUCCUGUUACUCUUGCCGAGUUUAAUCUUGCUGGUGGCGCGACUGGCAGACAGACGUUUUACGACAUUUCACUUGUCGAUGGUUAUAAUCUGCCACUAGCAAUAGUCUACCAUCCGGCAGGCAACACCACAUAUAUUCCGCCAAAUCUAGUCAGUCCUUCGUGCAUUGGAACAUCCGGAUAUCUCGCCGCUCACAGUCAGACUGGGCUCGCUUACACCAACUCAACCUAUCCUAUGCCAUACGAGGAUAUACAAUCCAACGCGGAUUUAAGCAAUUGGUGCCCUUGGGAUCUCCAAGCCUUUCUUCCAGAGAAGCCCGGGGAUGGUGUAUAUCCAUAUCCAGACGACACGCUACAUCGGCCCGUUUUCGACCCGUGCAAGAGUGCCUGCGCCGCUAAUAAUGAUCCCGAGGAUUGCUGCACCGGCGAAUAUGACGACCCGUGGAUCUGCGAGCCUAGCCAGUAUUCGUAUAAUGCUAAGGCUAUGUGCCCUGACGCAUAUAGUUACGCGUUUGACGAUCAGACCUCCACGUUUAUCAUCCCCAGCGGAGGUGGAUGGGAAAUCGUGUUCUGUCCAGCAGGGCGAAGCACCACCAUUUUGGCAACAUUUACAGACGAACUGCACAGGAUUGCCCAAAGUGGGCAAGUGACUCAGGAUAUCCUGCUCAAAGCUAUGAACAAGAGCUAUAUCGAAUCGAAACACAGCACAGCAGCCGGGCUCCGGGUGGUGCCCACGUCUGGGUUAGCCUUGACUCCGACCUAAGGUAAAGAAAGAGAGGUAUAUUAGUACAUAAAGCGCGGAUGGCUUCAAAAAUCGAUUAGGCUGUCAAAAUGCAUUGGAAAGUCUAGACAAGAGAAGAGCUUUAUUUUCAAUAGGGUCCUAAAACUCGAGUAUCCGAAUAACCUCAUCGAACAUGUUCCUAGGUUAAAUAGUUGUUGUUGGUACCCCCUUAUGUUAAUUAGUAAAUGAAAACUAAUUUUCGUUUGAUUAUGUUGUGUUGGAGUGUGGUAAGAAAGAUUAUUAAGAUAGGAAAUUCUUGCUUAACGAAUUGGGAAAACUAAAAGUGGAGUAGAAGUAGGUAAGUA